AUGUCGUAAGAUAUUUUUACUUGAACUUUAACUUUUAGUGAUCAACCGUUGAUGACGUCGGCAAAUCCGGUUAUUUACAGACCUACAACUACACAAAGAAUAAACAACCACUUCCCACGUGGCAUUAUUAAAAGAAUGUGUAUCUUAGCUGAAUUAAAUGAGAGGGGUUCCAUCGAAAAACCAUCUGCCCAAAAGCAUAGCCGAGAAGAACUUCUUUUAUGUACGAUUGAUCUGGAUGAGCAUGGUGCUUUGCGUGUGAAUCCGGAUUUUACAAAAGCUGAUGAAAAACAUAAAAUCACUAAUAAUUCUGGAAAAGGUAUUCCGUUCCCAAAGAUCCUAACAUAGAAAACCGAACUAUCUUUUAGCAGUUUUUGAGUAUACAUUCGAAAACUGUUCCGAUGAUAUGUCUGAUACGGAAAAACAGAAGGAAGAAUUCAACCUAUUCGAGGUUUUACGAUUCACUGACUAAACUUUGCUUAAGUACAACCGACAGAGGGUCGGCAGAUUAUUGUCCGCUGUGGGAACUAAUUUCGAAACGGUUCGGAUCCAAUUCCGUUUUACUAUUAUCUUAGCCGUGUGACGGUUGGCUGCGGAUUUAUUUAAGGGGUGAAAUCGGUAAACUAUCACCUUAAAACAAAAUUUCCAGUCAGUGCACGUGGAUUUGAAUACGACAAACUUUGCGUCCAAUAUUUCCUGGAGCUUCCUUCUGGUAUUUCUAAACUUUCUAACUUUCCUGAAGGUUGGAAGUCGUCCUCGUCAGCUGCGCUUUCGGGAUGUACACAACUUGCGUCAUUUGUUGAAACUACCCAAGUUAGUGUUACUUUAUCUUCAGUUGCGCUUUCUCACCUUUGACUUGUACCUUGUCAACUUAAAUGUUUAAUGCAUAUCUCCUGGCAGGACAACCCUGAUCUAUUCGCCAGUAAUUUGUUUAAAAACACACUCAAUACUACGCAAUCAGCCAACGUUUUCUUUUAUAUGCACCGAGUCAUCUAUUUUUGCCCAUAAAGAUUAACUGGUUUUUUAUCUUAUGCUAGGGGGCGUUUGCCUAUUUUUCAUUCCCGCUGGAAUUUGACAUUGCGUUUGCUGAGGAAGUAUAUGCGGAUAAAAGUGAGUGCUCGUCACUUUGAAUCAUUGUCUCCUUCGUGCAAAUCCAUGUGCUUAGAUGCAGUCGCAUUUUCGGCAGCUUUCCGAUUUCUGUUUUCACUUGACUGCACAAAAAUUAUUUCGAUGAUGGGGUGUUUGCCCUUAUAAUUCCCCUUUUAAAUUUGACGAUAUAUCCUUAAUUCCGCAUUCAAACUAUGCAAAAACAGGAAAUUAGCCACGGUUAUUAUAAGAUGUCGUUGGCAGGCAAAGUUUUGAAUCAAUUCCUCCUUAGUAGGCAUCUUUGGCUAUUUGUAUAUAUAAAGGCUCCGAUGGAGCAUGUCUUUUGCCUUAAUCAACUGCGAGUUACUCGAUACCUAUACGAGUGCGAAUGCAGAAGUCCUUUACGACAAUAACACUUCUGGACGGCAUAUCAGCAGCGUAACUAUCUCAAUGGUUAUUGACCGCCGAUUGAAGAAACCAAUGUGCCUGUAUUGCUGGUGCUAGGAUUUCCACGUUGACUAAUGUUUCUUAUUCUUGUCAAGAAUGCCACCUAACGGUUAGAGCAUGGAUGUCUGUAAUGCCAAAGCGUCUGUUUACAAGACAAUCGCCAUGUAAGUAUGGGCUUAUUUGAUAGGGACGCAUAUCCCAACAAAAUGAAGCUCGAACUUCUGUGAAAUAAGAAAACCUUCAAUAUGUUUAAACCAUCGUGCAGGCACCCUCAACGUCGGGCCUUUACACGCAGCACUCCGCUGCAAUCAAAUCAUCAAUCAAAAUAGCUCUCGCAUCAAGCUUUUAUUACAAAGUUCUAACGUCUACCAUGAUGCGGCCUGCGCCUUAAGCAUACGCACAUAACGCAACCGACUUAGCAGUGUGGGAAAAUGUCGUUAUCCCAGGGGCUUUUCUCUCCCCUGACUUUCAACGGGUGGUCAUAUGGCUUACUGACGCUUCAGUCUCCAUACUUGCCUUAUGUGGUGAACCGCAAGUGACAACAAUUAUGGUCUGGAUUUUUCACAAAGAAAACGACAACUACCGUACAUAAUCUCUGAAUAACGAGACCAAAUAUCUAGUGGAAUAACGUUUAUUACCAUUCUAAUGGAAGCCCAAAAACAAUUACUUACUUCCGACUAUCUCUUUGGAAGGUGGAGUUCUAGGCCUUUAAGGUUGGUCCAAACGUUUGCAUAAAGGAGUUAUUGGAAUGACUAAAUUCCCUUUGUCCAUACUCAAAAACGAGAGAACCUCCAUAUCUUGAACAAAUAAACCACGUAUUCAAUGUCUCAUACGGAAACUAUGCAUCCAAAAACUUGCAUAGCUUUACGAAAUUAUGGUAAAUUUUCCCAGUAAGGAUCGUUUAUUCUCCUCCUUUUGAACUAUUGUUUUGCAGAGCUUGUAAUAUUUUACGCCUAGAAAUUUGAACCUAGGGGCCAUAGUAAAAUUAAGAAUUUCAAUAUUGGAAACGGUUUUCUUUCUGCCCAUUAGACGAAAACAAGACGCUAAAAUGGCCUACACUUUUCAUGGAGAUCCUGUCCAUGGAUAUAUUUACACGUUGUCGAACAGAGGGCUACGCGUACACAGCAUUACCGAGGUGUUCAGGUGAGCCGUUUUCAUUUUUCACCUUACGGAUUUAGGCUGUUUCGUUAACAACCUCCGUCCCUAGUUGAAUUUAGCCUGUCGUGGUUAACUUCAAAUACCUUUUCUUGACUGCCAUCAGUAACACAAAGAUCUCCGUUGAAAUUAUGAAUAAGCGGUAACUGAACAUGUGGUAAAGGCAUCUCGCAAAAACUUUGUAAUUAUAGGAUUUUGACUGUGAAGUAGGAAUGUUUAUGCCUAAUGCACCGAUAGGCGGUUACUUGCUUUAUGCGCUGGAAUUUCAAAUAACCAAUUUAGACACACUGUUAGAACUACGACAAGUAAUGUCGCUUUUUUAGUCGUAACUUUAAUGUUAUUUAGCAAGUGUUUGUGUCUGUCCCAUUUGAACUAUGUACAUUUUCUUAACACUUGUGUCUUAUUUUUUGAAUUUAAAUAUGCAUUUGUCUUUUGAAUUGGGACCAAUAAAACAUAAAAUCCGGAAACGACCAUGUCCCUCAUGGCAUGCUAUGUGAAUUGCGCAAGUGAAAAAAAACGCAACAACAGCUACCAAAACACUUUGCGAUGUUUAUCCGAAUACCUUAGCUGUCCGCAAUUUGUCUUUGGUUCGUGAAAUUUCCAUCGCAAAAUUUCGACCUUUUCGGUAAACGUCGUCCAGGAAGGCCAGUGGAACUAGAUAAUAACCUCUUGCAAGCAACCGUUGAGACAGCUCUGCGUUAUAGCAUUAGAACCUAAUCAAAAAACAUAAAUCCUUCAUGACCUCCUGCUUAUGAGCACUUUCAAUAGAUAGUGGAAGUCGAUGGACAGGGAGUUUCGGUCCUACACCAACUUUCGAUAAAAAACAGGGCUCAGCAUUCCACAAUCUGCAACUUUUUCCCAGGCAGAUAGGAGAGAAAACCAUCUUUUUAACAAAGUGCCACAAAAGAUGAAAAAUUGAUUAUUUGCGUUAUUAACAAGCAUGAGCAUCAAUGGCUUUUUACCAGUCAGACAUCAGUUCCUACGCCGAAAUUUAGGUUCAUACCCCAACAGCGUUUUUCUUUGCGUUAAUUGAACUGUUGUAAAUAUAUUUCACUUUAACUACUGUAAAAGGGGCAGAGCACAACAACAGACCUCCAUUGUCAACAGUUAGGAAGUUUAUAACAAGCCGUUGCCGAUAAACAUCGGGCGCUAAUCAAUAAAAUGGGUGGCACUCUACAGCAUAACAAUGCCAAGCUGCACUCUAGACGAAAUACACAGAGCAAGAUCCCAUAUUUGGGGUAGGAACUUUUGUUCCUCCAUCCUAUUCACUUCGUUGUGCGCCAACUGAUCACCAUUUGUCCAGAUCUCUGCAGCCUUUCCUGGGUGGAAAUAAUUUGCGAAGUACCGAUUAUGUCAAAACGGUGCUCUCGGAAUUAUUUUUAUCAAAAUAAACUUCCUAUUACGAAGAAGGUAUUGAGAACUUAGUUUAGAUAUGGAAAACAGUGAUUAAUAAUGGUGGUGAUCAUACGAAUGGGUUAAAAGGUCUCACUUUCCGGCAAACAUUCUUCUCGUCAUUUUUUGAAAUACGACAAUACUUUAGGGUCUCUCUAAUAAAUAUAUAAAUAGCACUUAUUUCUUCACACGAUUUAGGCACGAGUAGUAAAGCGGGGCAAAGCUUGAUUUCUGCUGUCAGUGAGUAAAUUCCACAAAUCACUGGCGGGUUUUGCAUUUCCCUUAUGAUUCUAAUCCUUCUUUAUAUCAAACAGAGCAGUUGUAAACCUUAGAAAACCUAACUUUCGUUGAACAAAAAGUGCACACUGGCCUCUUUGCCUUUCGGACGCAGGCUAUGAAGCCCAUUCAAACGGCCCUCGUAGGAACAAAUGUCUGGGUGCCGCUCGUAUCUUUAAAGUUUUUACAUUGCAGACUAAACUUGCGGGCCUUUAUGCCAAUCCUGACAGUCAUCUCCGUGGUUCUUUCUGAAUAAUUAAAAUAAUCCUUUAUGAUGCUCUGAAAGUAAUCCUAUUUACAGUUCUUCCAUUUAGGAAUCUGUGUUCCGCUUAUUAAUUUCCCACAAUUUCUUAAAAGUUUAAAGGGUAGGUAGGCAACUGUCAAGGCACAUAUUUUGCUUCUCAUACUGACUGUAUGUGACAGCAUUUAUUCUAAAACGAAUCACGCAGUUGACAAGCUGGACCAACCCACGGGCUAGAUCGGAGUCUAGCAGGCGUUAUUGGGAAUGCGCACCCAUAACAAAUGUCAACGUCUGGGGGUGUGGAGGAACGCCCCGCCAGUUUGGAUCCGCCGCGCCAGUUUGGAUCCGAGCCGCCCCCUUUUUGGUGUGUAAAAUCCUGGUCAGUGUUCUUUGUGGACCAGGAGGUGUGUUGGUACGCCUGAGUGCGGGUUUACGCCAUGCCAGCCACCUGCGCCCUCUCCCGCCCCCAGUCUUCUUGGCUCUGUCUUGCCAUCGGAUACAGGUGGGGGAGGGGAGGAGAGACUUCAGCAGAUGCAUUGAAACGGACUCACGCGCAAGUCAUCAUCCCUGCUGUGGAGCACGGGGUGGACAUCGUCGGCAACGUCGGUCGGACAGCCGCGGGCUACGUGCCUUUCUGGCACUAUUUAACCUUUCUUCUUUUGUCUCGAGGGGCAGCAGACAACUGCACGUAACAUUUCCGUAACUACCUAGGAGACUUUUAGGAGGAGUGGUAGGCAUCAAUGAAGCACAUCUGAAUCUUCAGUAAUAUUUGCACUGUAUGUAUUGGACAUAUGAUUACUUCACUGCACUUGCAUGUCAGUGCGUAUAAUUGGACUUGUUGCGCUGACAUCCGUAGUUCCUAAGCCAUACAACACAGUUUGGGUGGCGGUAGUUUUGGAAUGAGGUUCUUGUCACCAAUUUCCCAGUCUAAGACUCAUGUCCAAGUUUUUUUAAGGAGAGAGCAUAGGGCUCUUAGCCGCUAUUUACUUUGGUCGUGGUCUUAACCAACAUUAUGUCGACGGGAACUAGGGGCAUAAACACUGCAAUAAACUAAGAUCACAUCAAAUAUUACGAAAUUGCGCAAAUUCCCAACGGCUACUAAUCGAUGUUUUCCCUCAUUUUCUGCUAUUUGAUAUUCCCGUCAUGGCCACCGGUAAUUUCUAGUGAUCAUGGUUCAUUCGUCUUCCAAGUAGGCUGUUUCAGUUCGAAAAUAUCACAUAAACACAGUUGCAUUUUAAAGUUAUUUACAUCCUUGACGACGACUGUCCUUGACCUACUAUAACAUUAGAGGUGAAGGGAGCUUGCUUUUCUGACAUUUUAACCAUCACGGCUUUUAUAAGACCGUCUUCUUCGAGCUUAAAUAGCCGCCCAAAGGACACCGUUUGAAGUCAGAGAGUAGUUUCGCGAUCUGUUCAUUAUUUUCCCGCAAGUGCCUAUGACACUAAAAUAAACGGAAGUAGGCGAAUUUGAGGUCUGCUAAAAAAGUAAAUUUCUUCUCUCGUUUUCUGAUGGUCACCUGACUGCCAUUUCCUUUGCGCUCCCACCCACUCACUUCCAUCGAACACAGUAUAAUUGACCAUUCGAGUCAUAUACAUCUGAUAAUUGCAGCAUACAUCGGGGAAAAGACUUGUGUUUUAUUACUAAUAGACAUGAAGUGAGUUAAAAUCUGCCCCGAAAUUUCAAUUACCAUUUGAUUUGGGGAUUUCAGCUAGCAAGUGCAUCGGAAGUGUGGUUAAAGCGCUGAAAUAUGGGAUAUGAUAGCACCAUAUGUAAGUAUAUCAUUUGACGGAAGAAAAGUUCUCUCUAAAAACACACUCACGCCUGUCAGUUCUAUUUAAAUUCACUAGGCCCCGACCGGCCUCAUAGCCUGUCACCUUAUGAAAACUUUUGUUCCUAUGACGUCCCCAUCGAUGAAAUCAAGCAAAAUUCUGUUUCGCUUGUUGAACCCCAUCUCAUUUAACUGAAAAGAGUCAAGGAUAACACGAAACCCUGGAAAACUAUUUUAGAAUCUACACUCAGAAUGUAGGCAGUUGACAAACCGUCAUAUAUGAAAUCACACCAAUUAUUAAACGAUAUUAAGAUGUAAACUUCACUCAAACAUUAUUAUUAGACGUUAUUUUAUUUCUACUUUCAUAUUUACUACGUUUUUCUUAUGAAAAUAUAUUUUAUACAUCGAAAAAUGUGAUUUACUACAUUAGAGCCAUUUCUGACGUUUUCGCAAUAUUGCGCUUUUUAAAAUAAAUCGGCAUUUCUAAACAACGCAACACUGCCUUUAAUGUUUCUUCUAUGUUUUUAAUUCUUUAAAACUUGUACUUAAUUAGCAUAGACAUUGGACUCGUGAAAUGGUGUCGGUUGGCGAGUGAUUGGCAAUCAGUCGUAAAUUUCAACACAUUUCAUGAGUUAGGUUACUAACCGGAUAUAUGUAAACAAGUUAGUAUCGACAAAAACCAGAGAUACUGUGGUGGUCUUUUUCGGCUUAUUUAUCGAAAUCAGUCAGUCAUGCCCAAUCCCAAGUUUGGAACACCUGGGAUUCGCACCCGGGUUCUUUUGGUUACUAAGCUUUUGUAAGUCCAAAGCUCCAGUUAUUGAUCCAGGGGCUCGUCAUGUCUGUUGUGACUUGGCAUAUUAACUAUGAUACGAGGACGCUCACCGAUCAGGUUGCGGAACGUGCCUGUCCUUAAAUAGUUGAACUGGAAUAAAAUGACCAACCCGAAAUUCGAAUAUGCCUAUUAGCAGGCUAGUGAAGUUUAAAAACAUACGUUCUUCACUAAUAAAAGGCCGUGUUUUCCCACUUUUUAAAGAAAAGAUAUCGAUAAUUCCACGGAAUAACUCCACAAAUGCUCAUUUUUUAAUUAUAGGCUUUUAGCCUGAACCUCACUUAUUCCUUCAAAUAUUACCCCUUCACGGGGAGGAGUAAUUUCCUAUUUUUGGGUAAGUGGGUGGUACAGUGGAAGAUACAGCCGUUCAAAUUGAUGGACCAGGACGUUAAUAGAUGGGUUAAGAAAUGUUAUAAGUCUUUUCUAAUGAAACUUAGAAAAAAAUGAUAAAUAUGCUUCCUUUCGUUAUUGGCGAGUGCUUGAAUGGUUCCAGUUAAUGAUGACUAUCCGGGAAUUUAGUAGGAGUUUCAUUUUCCAGUCAGCACUUGACAGACAUGCAUGCGCUGUUAUUCAGGGCAACAAUAAUGACUGAUUUCAAUCUGCACAAUAUUGGCUUACUAGCCUUUUGCAAAACCGCAAACGCAGAAUGCAUGAUUUCACCAGCUUUAACGGCAAAUAUCAUGUUUGAUGAUUUCUGUUCAAUUGAAAAAAACGCAUCCUGAAUAGCGCUUUGGUGGGAAAAAAUUAAAGAAACUUCAGGGCUUUAUACGACGCCUGGGCAUAAUUGUUCUUUUCGAGAAGCUGUAUCCUUGUGUAUCCUGCCAACCGCGCGGACAAAACCAGACUUUCCGCUCACAAACCAUGCAGUCAAGAAAGAGUGACACCGUGUUUAUUGAUGUUUGGGACCUUCAUACGUCCAAAGUCAUGUGGCUCAGUGGUUUGGUGGGCACUAAAUUGGUCGCCCUACUACAAUCCCAAAACUACAGUUUCAAAAGUUUUCAAUGAGAGCUAGAUUUGACAAAACCUGCUUAAGCCUUCAGAUUUUCUUUAAAUGGAUAGAUGAGCGUCCAAAUCUGCAUUAAAACACGUCCGGAAAUAGGAUAACGGUAAUUAUUACGCAAUAAGUAGAUCUGGUAUGCUGGGAAUAUUUUAGGUUAAUUACUACAACAAAAGUCAGGUUUCCGUGUACGAGAAAGGGUAAAAUUUUAGGGUUUCAAAAUAUUCAUAAACUUAGAUUUUAUCACAAGCACUGUUCCGACACGCCGCUACCUUUGCUACCGACACUUUAUUCGUGGCAGGGGCGUCCCUGUGGCUUCAAGUGCCUGUUUGUCCCCAUAGGUACCCACCUUGUGGAGGUGUCAGCCUGGCGUCCUGUCGGACAGUCAAUAGUUAGCCGUCUACGGCGCUUCUUUGUGGGUGGCACCCCUCAGCUGGAGGACGCAACCUUCGCCAUGAUACCCUCAGACUUUCAGGUAACGUACCCCACCCUCUCUCUCACACUGUCCCCUUGACCCUCACUUUUUCCCUUACUUCUGAAAGAUCCACUUACUUGAUUUCUCUGUGUUUGCGAACGUUAAAUGACCUGCCACUCUGGUGACAUAGACAUUAGCUAUGAUCCCAGACCCUGAGCGACAAAUUGCUUUCCGACCGACUUUAAAACAACUCCAUGUAGAUUAGACGUAAGCCAAGACCUAUAUGGUGCAGCGUCCACCUAGCUGAACUGAUGUUGCCGUGGUUUCCAAUGAAAUACUCCAGUUAGGUGGGGUCAAUGGAGGAGGUGGCCAAGAAUAAAGAUCAAAUUAGAAGGAUAUUUUGAAGUCCACCAGAUAAUAUGGCGGAAAGCAAGUCAGACUAAGAGAUUUCAGAACGGCUGGGGAUUGUCCUAAAGAAGGCAGCCAGCUAAAUGCUUGGACGCUAAACAGCUUUAGUGAUUAAUACAAUGAACGAGAAAACUAAUGCAGACCAACGAUGGAGGACAGGAAAGAAAGGGCACACUUAUGUCAGCAGAUAUGUUCACUUUUAUGAAUCAAAGAGGUGGAGAGCAGUAUGGGUAAACAUGGGAAAUGGGGCAUCAGCCAAACGCCAGAUUAAGAGCUGGGCGAGGGAGAAACCGAACUUGUCACAGUACUUUCGGAAAUCAUUGAGCAAGUGCUAACUUUUACAGGCCUGCGGAACAAAUUUGACGAGUAGACAAGCACCCAAGAUAUCAGAAGGAUGAAAGCUCCUUAGGAAAGGUUGCAACUGACAUAUCGUAAGUAGCUUUAAAGCAGCCUUAAAGUGAUCCUUUAUCCGUGGAACGAGCACCAUUUUUAACGGCCGUGCUGAGGCGGUCCACGCAGUCUAUUAGACCAGCGAUAAAAAGUAGUAGACUGACGAAGAAUUAAUUCGCUCUUUUGACUUCUGUAUUUGUAUGUUUUCAGAUAAGUGGAGAUAAUAGUACAGUUCCUAAUCAAACCUUGAGGACUGGAAGUUUGAAGAUAAAUGGUUGAGAAGGAAAAUUAAAAAUUGCUUCAGUUGCCUGGACGGCUUUGGCACGAGUGGCCACUGGGUAGUUUAUGCAGAACGGGUCUGCCACAUGAGCCAGAAUUAGGGGAUACAUUUUUUCCGCUGUGGGGAAGUACCAUGGAGCAGAAGUUUGUACUCCGAUCUAUAUCUUUUUGGAGCGUAUUUUUGGGAUUCCCAAUAAAGGGGCCCAUUAUAAUGUGGAAUUAUUCUAGGUUGCGUCAAGCUGAGCACCUGAACGUAUGCUAAAGAAAAUCAUUCCUGUGGAAAUUAGUAUCACUUGGAGUCAAAGUCUCCGUGUGUAGGUAUGAGGUCUCUAAAGGCCGAGAACAAAUGUUCCGAUGCACGCAGAAAAAUUCAGAUUAUGCCGAGAAUGCGUUCGCCGAUCGGGUUACAGAAUAUGCUCGUCCUAUUGUACUUUGUGACUUGACGUAUAGUCGCGCACUCAGCCGCACAGCGACGCGUAAUAUGGGCAGAAGACGACCAUCGACAAAGACAAGGGAGACUGGAAUGGCCAUUUUUGGCUUAUUGGUCGUCGUCAGCCAGCCUUACCCAUAUCCAGGUUUUGUUUCACCCGAGCCUUCAAUCCGUGUUCCUUGCUGAUCGAUUGUUUAAGUUCGACUCUCUACCGACUAAGUCACAUGUUCGUUGUCUUGUCGGUUGCGAUCGGUAAGCCUCUUCAGCCGAUACUGUUAGCCGCUGUGCAGCUCUCUACAGGACUUUGGAUCAAGCCCCAAGGUACAACGAGACGAUCAUGCCCUGUAACCCGAUUGGUUGACUCAGUUCUAAUAGUUGACAUUUCCGAUCUCAACCGACAGGACGACGAGCCUGUGGCUCAAGUGGUAGAGUAUUAGACUCACUAACGCCCGAUGACCAAAUAAUGCGUGAGUCUGGUGUGGCAAAACCUCGGUUUCGGUAAGGCCGGCCGAUGGCGGCUAAUAAGACAGAACUGGCCACUCCAGGCUAUUGCACGAUUCGCAGUCAAAGAGGGGUCAUUCUGUCAAAGUUUUUCAGCAGUCCCAGGAUUCAGAAAAGUCUACUUUGUCUCCAUAAUGAGAGAAGUACAACUUAUAGAUUCUGUACAAAUCUCCCCACAGAAAACCGUGGCCUCAGUAUUUCAACUCAUUUAAACUUCUGGCCACAUGAGACCAGCGGAAAGAUGAUUGCGCUGUGAGCUACGCACCAAGGGAUACGCUAUAAUUGACAAAUAUUUCACAUGCUGAAGCCUAAUCACAACUUAUCAACAACGUACGCAUAUGCCCAGCACGCUUUAGCCGUGGAACGCCGAUCUGGGGAUGCCGCAGUGAAUUUGCAAGGCCCUAUUUUUUAUAUUGUGUACCAUCUCACAGGCCCAACGUUUUCCGAAGGGUUUAUUACAGGCAUCGAUACUAGCCACGGCUAUUCAAUUCGACUGGGUGCUCCGUUGAGGACCUUGGACACUUUUGAAUUCUCGAUAAUAAAUCAUACUUUCAAUUUUUGAAGGGAUCUAAGCUCUCAAAGUAUGGAUUCCGUACCGACGGCGCUGGAAGCCUGUUCCUGCGAUUUUAUGCGAUUCAGCAAUGCUGGUAUGUUUUGAUCUACUUGUUUUAACCCCUACUCAUUCAGUACAGCGUGAAAAUGCCCUAACUACGAACCCUCGUCCACGACCUGCCCUUAAUGAACUGAUUAGUUCUUCAAGCUAACAAAGAGCAUACCUGCAGCUCGGUCAGCGACUUUGAUACAACGUAUGAGCGCUGCGAUUAAUAACUCUAGCCGAGAAGACGGCCGCUCAGCGCCUGACUAAAGAACUAAUUAAUGACCUCGUCCGUUUCACGUUCACCACCACCACCACCCAACGCCCAAAGCAUCGUCUUCCGUUUUGACCUGCAGCCAGAGUCGACGCUUCAGACUGUGCAGUAAGCGCUCUUCGACAUGCGUCACUCAGCAAAAGGGAGUCGUGUGAACCAAUCACACUGCUAAUUUAUCACGUGAACUGCUGUCUGGAAAACUGGCUGACAAACGUGGCUAUCUCAUGGGGUCAUAGGGGGCUGAGUGCUAUCCAAUUUCAGAUGCGACGAAUAAAAACGACCAGUUUUAAAAUGUAUUUUUGUGUUCAGAUACCAAGGGCCUCAUCUGCACAGUAGUACUGGUGGAAUUCGUGUAUCUGCAUCCAACUUUGUCCAUAAAGCAGAUCUGACAUUUGUCCUACCGGUCACGUAGGUUUGUCUACAUCGCGCAAAUCCCCUUACUGUCUGGGUCACCUCCGUUCUUUGUUUAAAGGGUUAAAUGAUGUGCACAACUCUGGCCUUUUGCAAACCUACCGAAGUUGGAUCACAAUAAGUAAGCUGAGCACCGGCUUAUGUGCUAACAGCGGUCGUCCUGCCUCAUAACACCAUCUGCUGUGACCUAAGUCAGUAAAAUAGUGGUUAUCACUCGAAUACCUAGUGUCAGGAAACAAUUCUAACCCAAGACAAAAGAAUUAUCGGAGUAACUUUCUGUCCUCAGUUACGAGCUCAACAUAGGAUUCACCUCCGGGAGUAGUGAAGUUCAUUGGCACCCGUGCGAAUGGCUGAUAAUAGUAAAAUAAAAAAAACAUUAACGGCUAUUUCGGUUUCCCUUGUUCUUGUUGAUGAUAAACCUCGAAUAGUGAUUGCUCGUUCCUCUGGUUCUGCGCCUAUAAAACGUGAUAGAAUUCCCCGUAUGCCAUCUUGAAAUCAGGAUAUAACGACGGACGCCAUCCCAAAUGAGUCUAUAUUCUCAAUCGCAGUCAAUACAGCGUGGACCUGCUAGGUAGGGAGGGGGGGCGUUAGACUUAAGUGCUCAAUGACCCCGGUUCAGGCCUCGUGUGCAGCAGUGCACGAGGUCGGAAUAUGACUGAACGGUGGUACUUAAUGAACCGCAAAUGGGCAUUUCAGACUUAUAUACUUUUGUCUAUAACAAUUUCCGACUGUCCGAAUAUUCUUCCCUUAUUCCCGGGAGCGUCUUAGGGCAACAUAACUUCAGAUUCGAAGUUCGGACACCCACCUUGAAGAGGCAACUGCAAGUCGUCUAAACAGAAUUUAUGAACACCUCGAAGUUUACGAGGACGAGAAUUGUGGAUGCCGGAAAUAAUUAAAACUAUCUAACACCGACCUUAGAGCAGGAUUUUGGUGCGUUGACUAAGGAUUGAUCAAAGUCAGACGCUCAGAGGAUCAUUCCCACUCCCUACCCAGUCUUCGUAAGAGAACACUCAGGGGGACCUCUCAAACUGGCGAUAUCUCAGGGACCUAAGCAAUGUAUAACGGUCAAAAGGCGCUCAGGCGGACUGUUGUGUCAUGAUCACAUGCUAUCCGGUAUGCAUACAGUAGCCGAAUAGGAUGGAUGCGCAUCAACCUGCUUCAGAGCUCUAUUGCGCUUUAAGUGCAUCACUGUGUUGGUAGCUCCUCAAUCGUAUAUGACCGAUGCUCCAUGGGUACUAGAUCAGAAACACCGAAUGCAAUUAAGGCUCUGCUUGCUGUUUUCACAGCGGUCAACCAACGCUUCCUGUCACCAACUUGGACGUUUGUGUGCCUUCAGUCGUUUUGAACAACUUAGUCCACGGUAGUUUGGCACAUUUCGGUUACUUAUGACGGAGAAAGACGAGGGUUGCUGCCAACAACAAGAGUUGUUGGAAUUUUCUCUAUCCUCGGGCUCUUCUCGUAUAGUUUACGGUGCAUAAUUCGCCGAAACAUCCACUUUUCCACAGUAGCAAUUCCUGUUUGUUGCCUCAAUGACCAAUUUUCAGUGUUCCUGAGUCCACCGUUUUCUAGGGGGGCAUAAAGUUUUUAAAUAGUUGCCUGCUUGACAGAGGUGAGAUACGCUUUGGACAUACUUCUACUUGUUGCGUUAUUCAUCGUGACCAACUCAGCAGUCAGUUUCGUGUUGAAGGUCGACCGUGUCUCUAACAAUCGUCUUCGAAUGCAACCUCUUUAUGGCUGACCCGUGGACAUGGCGAGUCAGUCGACUAGCCAGCCACGCAGGCCGUAGUCUAGAGGGACAGACUUGUGCUAGAAGACAGCUCCACCCAUGUCUUUAGACUUCACCAGCCAAUGCGGCGUCCGACCAGUGUGGCGAAUGGUCAACCUGAAACGAUAAAUUAGGGCGCGAUUGAUAGGCUAAUCCUGACGAGUGGUGCAGUCCUCCUCAGGGACCUCGACGAGACAUAUUCAGAAAAUAGCGCAUAAACAUUAUUGAUCGAGUACUUCCAGACGGCCAGUCGCCGGAACACACGAGUUAUUGAAGUUACUUAAGCCUCUUAUAUUAGAUCGAGCUGUUAAAACGAAAAACGUUUCGACGAUCCGAACAUCUGGUAACACAGUGUAUUAAUUUUUGGAAUAUCUGUACGUGGUUUUCCGCGUGUUUCAGGGAAUUCAUGGAAAAACAAAGACCGCCUCUGCUUAGAAGACUGAUAGUGGAUAAGUUUGCGUAGGUCACCACUCCUUUUCCAACCGAAUAACUCCUUUUAGAGUGGAUUCCCACCGACUGGACACUCUGACCGCGAUAAGUAAGAUCCUUUUCAAAUAAACAUUUGUUUAAAACUUUACAGAAAUGUACCAGGAAGCACGAAAAAAACUACUACAAGCGAGACGGGGAGUUCAAAAGCAAAUGGAAUUGUACGCGUGA